GCUUAGAGAGUCAGUAUUGAGCGACGCCUCGCAACGUGCACAACGCCACAAACAGUUAGAAACGUGUGUUUCGUAACAUAGCAGUAAAAUUGUUGAUAAAUCUUUUGCAAAUAUGGUGAAAAGUGUCUGCAAAAUGGAAUUCAAGAGCAAUUUCUCCAUCGAUGCCAUUUUGGCCAAAAAACCAAGCAAUGCAGCCGUGAUCAAGCACGAGCCAAUGCCACAUCAAACACACCCUUAUCAUCCGCAUCCGUAUGCCAACUCUGACGGUGAACUGUCCGCCUCUGAAGACUUUGAUAGCCCCUCGAGGACCAGCACGCCGAUGAGCAGCGCCGCCGAAUCGCUGUCAUCGCAGCACAAUGACAAGCUGGAUGUGGAGGAAUUCGAUGAUGAGGACAUCGAGCUCGACGGCGAGGAGGACAGCGAUGGCAGCAGCGAGCAUACGGGCAAUCCCAGCAAGAAGCAGAAGCUCAGCGCCGGCAGCAAUGAUAACAAGAAGCCGCCGUACAGCUACAAUGCGCUCAUCAUGAUGGCCAUACAGGACAGCGCCGAGCAGAGACUCACAUUGAAUGGCAUCUAUCAGUAUCUGAUCAAUCGGUUUCCGUACUUCAAGGCGAACAAGCGCGGCUGGCAGAACUCCAUACGCCACAAUCUGAGCCUGAACAAGUGCUUUACCAAAAUACCGCGCAGCUAUGAUGAUCCCGGCAAGGGCAACUACUGGAUUCUGGACCCCUCCGCCGAGGAGGUCUUCAUUGGCGAGACCACCGGCAAGCUGCGCCGCAAGAAUCCCGGCGCCAGUCGCACCCGUCUCGCCGCCUACCGUCAGGCCAUCUUCUCGCCCAUGCUCGCCGGCGGCUAUGGUGCUCCGGCGGGCUAUGGCUAUCCGGGCAUGCCUUUUGCGGGCGCCGCAGCCGCUGCCGCCGCCGCAGCACUGUAUCAGCGCAUGAAUCCGGCUGCCUAUCAGGCGGCUGCUGCGGCUGCUGCUGCUGCGGCUGCCUAUGGACAGCCACAGCUGCAGUAUCCAUCAGCCGCUGGACCGCCGCCGCCGCCGCCACCUGCCGCCGCCCAUCCCCAGCUGCAGGGUUAUCCGAUGAACGCCGAGCUGUUCCAGCGCAUGCAGUUCUUUGGCAAGUUUCCGGCCAGCUAAGGCGCCCGGCGCAUUUGCCACGCCCAGCGUUUUGGUUUAAUGGGACAAGGCUUUGGUUAAGCCGCCGCCGCCGCCGUCGUUGUCAACAGCAAGAAGCCGCACACACACACACACACAAUCCCCUUUGACGUCUGAAUGUUGCAUUUAGCAGGAGCCAACAAAUUUGUUUGUGUCCAGCGCCGGCCUGGACAGCCGGUUAGCUUUCUGGCUAGCAUUUGAGUAGCAGCGCCCCAGGCUAAAAAAAAACAAAUACAAUUCAAAUACAGCUGCUCCGCCGCCCAGCACUCGGCACGGCGGCUUGUAGUUUGGCUACAUUAGAAAUAAAUUAAAAAAAAAA